GGUUUUGACAGUGACGAAACAUGAGAUUCGUUGGCACGAACGCAACAAGAGCCGAAGCUACCAGCUGCAACUAGGGAAAGACGCAAAUCAUCGGAAUCGGACGAAUGGGAAUCAUACCACUCAUAAUACUUGCGCUUUUUUGUGCUCCUUGUCCUUCCUUUUACUCCACGCUCGCCUUCGUGCCAUGGUCGUAUGGAUACCCAACCGGUCCAACCCGCAACCACCGCCUUAUUUUGGAAAAAACAAAAAUUGUCUGUCUAGUCACUUCCAGUGUUGUGUUGUCAGGUUAUCUCUGGUCUAAAUUCGUCCAAUUCUCUGAUUGGAUCCUUACUAUCUGCCGCCCCUUUCCCGACUCUGUCCGGCUUGGACCCAGAACCCGUCCGCCAUUACAGUAUCUGUGCUUACUUUCAAUCUAAUAGCAACCCGUAUAGUAUCCGGGAAGAAGAACAGUGCCCACUAAAAGGAAUCUUCUAUCGCACCAUAGGUAUCACUGCGCCUGGC